AUGAAAAUACAAUUAAUAUUAGUCCUUCUAAUAGCUGUCAAUACUCAAUCCUUUUUGGAAGAGUCUGCACUCUACUAUUAGACUCCCUUCGCUCCCAUCAUGAUCUAAGAGGAUGAAUUACAACAAGAUAUCGAAACAGCCAUUGCUCCUGAAUAAGAAUAUGUGUAUAAUCCAGAGUCUGUCUUAUAAUCAGCCAAAGAAUAAUAAAUUUUGAUUGCCAGAAAUUAUGAGUAAAACUUGCCUGCAACAGGUGAUUGCAUAAUAUUGUAUUCCGAAUGCAACUUUAGAGGUUCAUCAUUCAAGUAUUGCAAUUAACCAGAUGAAGUCUUGUCAUUUCAACUCCCCAUAUAAUCUGUAUAUGUUCCCAUUGGAUCCUCAUUUUAAAUGACUGAUGCCUUAGAAGGAAACUAAAUCAAUAUGUUAUUGAGUAAUGAUUGCAUUCCCUCUGGUUUACAUUUACCAGAACCAGAAUUACAAGAAGCAUAAGACACUGGCAGCAGUUGGUUUAGUGAAUUGAAGGAUUCUGAGAAGGCUGUUCUAGAUGAAGGUGACUUGUCAACACCAAAAAUAUAAUACUUUGAUAAUGAUGGAAAUGUGAUUAGCAGAGAACAAUACUAAAAGAUGGUUGAAGAAGAUGCCAAGAGAUCUUACGAAAUCUUAAGCGGAUAAUAAACUCUAGUAUCUCCAGGAGAAGAACAGCCUUAAUAAACUGCCACUGCUAAUGUUGAAGAAAUGCCUGUAGAAAAGGAAUAAUAAUAAUAAGAAUAAUAAGAAUGAUAGAUUAUUAUAAAUUUUAGAGAAACAAUAAUAUUUAUA